GCGACAUACUCAAUCCAAGACGAUUUGACAUCCCGACGUUGACGUCGAGCGCGUAGGAGCUGUCAUUGGACAAUUCAAUCUCCUUGACCUCGGCACAACCGCGCAGCCAUGGCCAUGGACCUCACGGCGGAAGACGACGACCUGCUAAGCUACUUCUUAUCAGCCGAUGUGGCGGCUGAGCAGAUGCCACAGACGCUUCCGGGAGCGACGAACACCGUCGCCUCAACUGCCGAGCAGUUCACGCUGGGCCAAACCGUCCCGUUAGCACCCGAGCGGACCUUCGGCAGUGAGCUGACACCUGCCGGACCACCCACCACCAGUACUCCGGCCGCACCCACCUUCCAGCAACCGCAAGGAGGCUUCAAAGAGAGCUCCAUGAUGCGGCCCGCUGCCAAUGACGACGACUCGUCGUCCAACACGGGAAAUCUGGACUCAGACGAGAAGCGACAGCGACGACUGGCCAGGAAUCGCGAGUCUGCACGCCAGAGUCGACGCCGCAAAAAACAGUACUUGGAGCUGCUAGAGGAGAAGGUGUCUCAAUUGACGGAGAGCAUCGAUACGACGCGAGCGACGCAUUUGGAGCGCGCGGAUGAGGCGCUGAACCAAGUACGCUCUGACAUUUUGAAGAGCCUAGCGGAGGACAGGAAGAACGGCGGCUCCGAGGAGUCGGUGCAGGAAAAGAUUCGUCAGGGUAUUAUGCUGAUUCAGGAGAGAUUCGGGCCGAACAGUGUGGAACGGCUUGCAGUGAAGGACUAUAAUUUCCGUCAACUCGACAACUUGCUGCUGCCUCCGUACUGCCGAUUCUUACUGUGGCUUAGUAUCCAGGACGAGUCGUUUUUCGACGAAGCUAAUGGAAUGGGAUCAAAGAACGCAGGAGACGUACCAGAGAAGAAGAAAAACCCCAAUGUGGUGAAGAAGGACACUCUGUGGUCGACUCUGACAAGCGACCUUGCCCUCACCUAUGAGCAGGACGAAAAACUGAAGUCGCUGUACAAAUCGGGUGACUCGAAGAGCAGCAAGUCGGAACGCCGACGGGUGGCGAUGGCUGUGGUAUGUUGCUGAGUAGGGUUGCUCAUUCCUCGAAAGUCUGAGUACUGACCUAUUGUUAAUUAUCAACAGACAUAUUUAAGCAAACUCAAAAGGAGCCUCGAGCAGCGCUCGGAGGCGGUCCAGCGACAGACAGAAAUGCUGCACUCCAUUUUGACGCCAGAGCAAUCGCUCACAUAUCUGCGGUGGGUUGACGCCAACCAAGACCGACUGCCAAACUUCGUGGACAAGACGCUAUCAGUGCCGAACACUGGUGCCUCAGACGCGGUUCGCGCUAUCCUGAAGAAGGACGACCGCGACCUCACGGUGGAGGAUGUGACUGCGCUGCUCGGAGAGUUGUAGACCAUCAGAACCAAUCCUCCCUUUUUGUACCGUGCCUCGCUGCCUAAAGCCUUCGCAGCAUAUCAAGGUGGCCAGCCACACGUCACUUUCAUGUUGUCUAUGCGCAUGAUGGACCAGAUUAACACGAGACAAUUUUUCAAUAUGUGACCGUCUUUGGUGAAAUACUUACCUUCGCUAAAUUGAAUCAGUGAAAAAAAAAACCUGUCAAUGGUGUUGAUUCCGCUCCAGAUUCCUAGCAAGGCUACCCGGUUGCAUUGACGAUUCAGUUAUCGGAAAUCUUACGUCCAACCAGCAGCGUGGAGCUUCCUUCACUAUUCUCCUAUCUGACCACCAUGUUUCUAUCGGUAUACUCUUAAUGCGCGGCCUGAUCAUCACGGAAGCUACCUACAUCUCCAAGCAAGUCAACAGAUAUGUG